AUGUCGGAUCGUCCUCGAGCCCGUGGGCACGUGGGGGUGGCACCUCUGUACCCCCUGACCGGUGCUGUGUUCUCUCUGCAGGCUGGCAGCGAUGGUGAGAGCAUAGGAAACUGCCCCUUCUCCCAGAGGCUGUUCAUGAUCCUUUGGCUGAAGGGAGUGGUGUUCAGUGUCACAACAGUUGACCUGAAGAGAAAACCAGCAGACCUUCAAAAUUUGGCUCCAGGCACUCACCCCCCCUUCAUCACAUACAACGGGGAAGUGAGAACAGAUGUGAACAAGAUUGAAGAGUUCCUGGAAGAUGUUUUGGCUCCACCCAAGUACCUAAAACUUUCACCAAAGCAUCCAGAGUCGAACACUGCUGGGAUGGACAUAUUUGCCAAAUUUUCUGCAUUUAUCAAAAACUCUAGACCAGAAGCUAAUGAAGCCUUAGAACGUGGCCUCUUGAAAACCCUCCAGAAACUGGACGAGUACCUGAACUCGCCCCUGCCCGACGAGAUCGAUGAGAACAGCAUGGAGGACGUGCCCGUGUCCACCCGCAAGUUCCUGGACGGCAACGAGAUGACCCUGGCAGACUGCAACCUGCUGCCCAAGCUGCACAUCGUCAAGGUGGUGGCCAAAAAAUACCGCAACUUCGAGAUCCCCAAGGAAAUGACAGGGAUCUGGAGAUACCUGACGAAUGCUUACAGCAGGGAUGAGUUCACCAACACCUGUCCUGGAGACAAAGAAAUUGAAAUAGCCUACAGUGAUGUAGCCAAGAGACUCACCAAGUAAUCAGCACUUGCAAAAGGAUGACUUCCUGCAUAUUCCAUAACAAUGCUUCUAACAGACUGCUCCUUCCAGAUAAGAUAUAGCAAUUUUUUUUUUGUUGGUUUGUUUUGGUUUUUUUUGCAUGAACUUGCAGUUAUUCAAAGUUACGGUGGAUAGACCAGGUACAGUAAUUACCUAAAGUUUGCAGAGUUAAUUAUAGGCUCGUUUUUCCUUCCCUCCUUUGAAUACCAUUCAUGCAGUCGUGUUGCACUGAGGGAACUCUGGAUUCUCCAGUGUGAAAGGAUUGCCUUGCCCCUCUUGCUUUCCUCUGUAAACAGUUGGUCCCUGUCCAUGAGUUGGUUUAGGACACUGUCUCGCUGUAUGGUACAAGGAAUAUUUAUGUAUUUUGGAAUUUAUUGCUUUUUCCAGAAGAUCUGUACACAGUUGUCAGUACCCGUGACACGUUGAACUGUACCUGCUUGUCUAUCCUAUUUACAUAGAGAAGGGAACUUAUUAUCCAAAAGAGCCAUUUGCAGAAUGUUUGGCGAUUUUGAUGUUAAAAAAAAGAAAUAAUCUCUUGGAUUUGAAGUCACCGUAGUGGUUGAGAAUGGACUCGAUGUGGAGCUUGGAUCUGAAGGACCUCAGCAUCAGGGAAGUUGGAAUUUUAGGCUUGAGUGCUGUAGCAGGAAGUUCAGAGUUGGUUCUUUUAGUUGUGUCUUCAAGAGCCUGAUGAGACUCAAACAGCUCCUUCUGUCCUGAAUUCUGAGUCGCAGCAGAAAAACACUCGUCGGAACAGCCUUGGCCACCAGGAAACGGCACAACUGGAACCCGCUCACCCGGAAAACUGCAAGUGGUUUCUUUUUGGUAGUUAAGAGCCUUUGUUUUGUAUAGGUCUUUUUGGUGAUAUUUACU